CCCACCUCUAUUAAAACCCUUCUCAUUCUCUUUACAUCUCCCAAACACUCACAUGAUGGGAAAACAAGAACAUGAAACCUUUGUACAAGAAGAAGAAGAAUACAUCUUUCAAAGCCAAUUCCCGGCGGUCCCAGUGCCUGACAACCUAACGUUGCCGGAAUUCGUCCUCCAAGAAGCUGAGCUGUUCGCCGACAAGGUGGCGCUCGUCGAAGCCAUCACCGGAAAGGAGUACACGUACAAGCAAGUGCACCAUGACACUCAAAGGUUCGCUAAGGCGUUAAGGUCACUGGGCCUAAGGAAGGGAUGUGUGGUUGUGGUGGCCCUUCCAAAUGUGGUCGAGUAUGCGGUCAUCGCCCUUGGGAUAAUGUCGGCCGGAGGAGUGUUUUCGGGGGCCAAUCCACAGGGACAUGCGACCGAGAUACAGAAGCAAGUCGAAGAUGCCGACGCUAAGCUAAUCGUCACCAACGGUUCGAGCUACGACAAGGUAAAGGGGCUGAAUCUUCCAAUCAUAGUGUUGGGCGAUGAUCGUGUCGCAGGAGCAAUUUAUUGGGAUGAUCUGUUGGCCGCAGCCGAACGUGCAGGCCCAGACAUGGUCGAUGAUGCGGUAAACCAAAACGACUUGUGUGCGCUACCCUACUCAUCAGGCACAACCGGGACAUCCAAGGGCGUGAUGCUGACCCACCGAAACUUGGUGGCUAACCUGUGCUCUUCCCUCUUCAGCGUGGGCCCUCAUAUGGUGGGCCAAUUCACUACACUUGGCCUCAUGCCAUUUUUUCACAUCUAUGGAAUCACUGGGAUUUGUUGUGCCACUCUCAGGAACAAAGGGAAAGUAGUUGUUAUGGAAAGGUUUGAAUUGAGGACCUUUCUCAGUGCAUUGAUCACACAUGAGGUGAAUUUCGCACCAAUCGUGCCGCCGAUCAUGCUGGCCUUGGUCAAGAAUCCAAUCGUCGAGGAAUUCGAUCUUCAGCUGCUCAAACUCAAGGCAGUCAUGACGGCUGCUGCUCCGCUGGCACCCGAUCUACUAAGGGCUUUUGAGGAGAAGUUCCCUGGGGUCCAGGUCCAGGAGGCAUAUGGGCUGACAGAACACAGCUGCAUAACACUAAGUCAUGGAGACCCAAAGCAAGGGCGUGGCUCAGCAAAGAAAAACUCGGUUGGAUUCAUUCUCCCAAACUUGGAAAUUAAGUUCAUCCAUCCAGACACGGGCCGAUCUCUUCCUAGGAACUCACCUGGUGAACUCUGUGUCCGAAGCCAGUGCGUCAUGCUCGGUUACUACAAAAAUAAAGAAGAAACAGAACGGACCAUUGACUCCAAGGGCUGGCUCCACACCGGAGAUAUUGGGUACAUAGACGAUGAUGGGGACAUUUUUAUUGUGGACCGUAUCAAGGAGCUAAUCAAGUACAAAGGUUUCCAGGUGGCGCCUGCAGAGCUGGAGGCCACCCUACUCUCUCAUCCUUCCAUCGAAGAUGCAGCUGUCUUUCCAAUGCCCGAUGAAGAAGCCGGGGAAAUCCCAGCCGCUUGCGUGGUGAUGAGCCGAAAUGCAACGGAGAGCGAGGAAGACAUGAUGAAGUAUGUGGCAUCCAAUGUAGCUACAUACAAGAGGGUGAGAGUGGUGCACUUUGUAGACAAAAUCCCAAAGUCACCUUCAGGAAAGAUUAUGAGAAGGCUGCUUAGGGAGAAUAUGAUGAAAAGGUUGGGCACCACCUCUCACAAGGUUGCCCAUAUUGGCUGAGGUUUUUGGUUAUCUUUAGAAAUGGAUUCUUGACCUUCAAACCUUUAUAAAUCUAUCUUUGAUGUUUCUCAGCUUAUAUCAUAAUCUAAUGGUGUUAGCCUUUCCCCACCUGAAUUAUUGGAAACAUGAUAUUUCCUUUCUUUCCUUCUCUUUUCCUACAAAGUCACUGGAUACCAACACAGGUCAGGGUCUUGCCUUUUUUAACACGGUUAAGUCCCGGAUCGGGGUCAGUGUCAGGUCCG